CACACAUAAACGACUGAAACAUCGACAAAGCCAUCCGCAACGAUGAAGUUCCUCCUCAUGACCUCGGGCCUCGGCGCUCUCGCCGCCGCCGCCGUCUUCCCGGGCCAUCUGAGACCGGACAUGAUGCCGAAACUCGCCAACACGACGGCCCCGGGGUUGAACCUGACGAUCCCGGUGCCGUCCAACACGACGAAGCCACCGUCCAAAGCCACGAACCCGCCCUCGGAAGUCACCAGCCCGCCCUCGGAAGUCACCAGCCCGCCCUCUGAAGCCACGAGCCCGCCCAUCAGCCUGCCGGGCAACCAAGCGAACUGCACCUGCGCGGACCCCGGCGCGGCCCCGCCGAAUAACGGCACCGUCGGGCAGCCGGACACCGACGGCGGGGAGCAGCAGCUGCCCGGAGGAGGCGUCGGCGCCGGCCCGGGCGCCUGCGUCAUCACCGACUUCGAGUCCGUCAAGGCCCAGAAGGCGUCGUGCACCGACAUGGUCCUCAAGGGCGUCGCCGUGCCCGGCGGCAGGACGCUCGACCUCACCGGCCUGCAGGCCGGCACGCGCGUCACUUUCGCCGACACCACCACCUUCGGCUACAAGGAGUGGGACGGCCCGCUCGUCUCCGUCAGCGGCGACGGCGUCUCCGUCGUCGGCGCCCCCGGCCACGUCAUCGACUGCGAUGGCGACCGCUGGUGGGACGGCAAGGGCGUCAAGAUGGCCAAGAAGGACAAGAAGCGCAAGGGCAGCGUCAAGCCGCGCUUCUUCACCGUCGCCAUCAGCAAUGGCUCCGUCUCCCGUCUCAACGUCCUCAAUACCCCCGCCCGCGGCUUCAACAUUAACGGCGCCAGCAACCUCGAGGUCCGGGAUAUCCUCUUCGACAACCGCGACGGCGAGUGCGGCGGCGGCAAGAACACGGACGCUUUCCACAUCGGCGAGUCCACCGACGUGACCAUCGCCCGCGCCCGCGUCUACAACCAGGACGACUGCCUGACCAUCACCUCGGGCGCCCGCAUCCUCUUCCGCGACGGCUACUGCCGCGGCUCGCACGGCCUCGCCGUCGGCUCGGUCGGCGGCCGCGACGUCAACAACGUGACCGACGUCAUGAUCCGCGACUCGGUCCUCGAAAAGGGCGUCAACGGCAUCCGCAUCAAGGCCGAGCACAAGAAGCAAGGGUCCAUCGCCGGCGUCACAUUCCAGAACAUCGUCUUCAAGAACGUCAAGAAGCAGGGCAUCGUCGUCCAGCAGGACUACAAGGAGGGCAAGAAGCCCACGGGGAAGCCCACGGACGGCAUCCCCAUCACCGGCGUCACCAUCACGAACGUCACCGGCACCGUCGCCGAGAAGGGCACGAACGUCCUCAUCCUCUGCGCCGAGGGCGCCUGCGCCGACUGGGCGUGGUCCGGCGUCGACGUCUCCGGCGGAAAGACGUCCAAGAAGUGCAAGAACAUCCCGGACAACUCGGGCGCCGCGUGCUGAGAAAGAAAGAGAGAGAGAGAGAGAGGCAGGUGUUCUUACGGGUGCCAAGUUGGUUGGGGG